AUGGGAAGCAUUGGUGUCGCGGAAUCGUACUCCAUUCCCAAGGAAUGCGAGAAACUUUUGACCACUGAACUACUAAAGAACCCCAAGAUAUCCAAAGACAUUCCUAAUGAGGCUGCUCAAUAUGCUUCCAAAAUCAGCUUCACUGGUUCUGAUCUACCAUCUAUCCCCAUCAACUGGAGAUUCGCCGAGUCUGCUGCAUCCUUGAAAGCUUUUGAGGCAUGCAUCGUGGCUGCUCUCCUCAAACGCAAGUACAAUACCGAGUUCGCUGGUGCGACCAUCGAUACCGAUCAUGCGCAACUCUUUUUCAUGUCAACACUAGUCUGGUCCAUCAAGAACGGAAGUGGUGAACCAAUUACAUAUACCACGAACCCGGGAAAACUUGACGAGCUGAUCCCCAACUAUGACUUCCACAAGCAAAGUUCAAGUCUCUAUCGCAUUUGUGCCACCAACAUCUACCGAACCAAGGAUAACAGAUUCUUCCACCUGCACGGGAGCAUGAAUCCCAAUCCAACGUUGGAGAGCAUUGGGUUUCCAGAAGACAGACCAGAACUCACCACCUGGGAGGCUGCUAUGCAGCCUUUUAUCGAAAAAUUGGCCACCAUCGAGUCCAAAGAAAUUCAACGAUUGGCGUCAGAGGAAUACAAGCAAGCCGGCGUCAUCGCUGAGACGGUUGACUCUUUCCGAGCGACCGAGCAUGGCAAAGCUAAUGCUCACGUCGGCCUCUUUGAGAUUCAUCCGGUAUCCAAUCCUAACCAUAAACCAUCGUGGUGGCCAUCAUCACCACAGACGUCGGCUCAACGCCCGCUUGCUGGUCUCAAGGUCGUCGAUCUUACCCGCGUUAUUGCAGCGCCGGCAAUCACACGUGGGCUGGCAGAGUUGGGUGCUAGCGUAAUGCGAGUGACAUCCCCGAACCUUGUCGACUUCAGCCAGCUACACGUCGAUUUGAGCUGGGGAAAGUGGCAAUGUAGCAUCGACUUAAAGAGCGAAGAGGGAAAGAAGAAGCUCAAAGAACUGAUUCGAGAUGCAGAUGUGGUGGUUCAAGGCUAUCGACCAGGCGUCCUCGAUAAGUAUGGAUUCAGCCAAGAUGCUAUUAUCGAUCUGGUUAAAGAUCGUGAACGCGGCAUCGUCUCCGUACGUGAAAACUGCUAUGGUUGGAACGGUCCUUGGUCCUAUCGCUCAGGAUGGCAACAAAUAAGUGAUGCUUGCAUCGGUAUCUCGGCAGGAUUCGGCAAGGCAAUGGGACUGAAGGACAAUGAAGCCGUGACACCUGUUUUCCCCAAUAGCGAUUACAUGACCGGAAUCGCCGGGGUGACAGGCAUCUUGUCUGCAUUGAUGCAAAUGGCCGAAAAGGGGGGUAGUUACAAGGUCGACGUGGCGCUAAACUACUACAACCAGUGGCUCGCCAACUCGGUGGGAGAGUAUCCAGAGGAGGUAUGGCAAGACGUGUGGAAACGGAACGGCAGUGAAGUAUUCAGGUCUUACCACAACAUGCCUUACCUGAUCCCACGAUAUAUGUCCUACAUUGCGAAGAACUCCAACCUCCUAGACCCCAAGUUUUUCGAGGACCGGGAGAGUAAGGCUAUCGACUCGAUCGUUAAAACAGUGAAACCGAUUGUUCAAUACAAGAAUGAUCAAGUGGUGCUGAAAUACAAUGUGGGAACUCGAGGAAAUGGAAAGGAUGCCGCAAAGUGGCCGGAGGAUCUGAUGACCGAGGUGGUCACAUAG